GCGUGGCGCUGGUGUCUCGCAAUUUUCGGUCUCAUCGUCCCGUCCCGCUGACCCUCGCAUUCCCGGGGUCAGUCCGUGUGCGCGUCUGUGUUGUGUGCUGUGUGUGUCGCCGUCGCGCCCUGCACCGUGCUACCGUUUUAGGUAGUUCCACUACGUUCGUUCGACACAUCUGGGGCCCGGUUGCCCGGUGAGCGCCAAGGAAGGCCGGAAAAUGAGUUCCACACUGAAAGUCACGUCUCCGUGGGGGGAAGCGACCGGUGAACAAGUGGCCCGACUACUGGGGUGCGAAGUUUUGCUGCUGGACGGUUCCGACAAGCUGGUCCGCAAGUACGACAGUCACCGGGUCACUGUGGUGUGCGGUUACGAUCCACAGGGCAUGACGCUUCGUUUGCUAAGCGAAGCGGAAGUGAUUCCGAAAGGAAGCCGGCCCACGGAAGGGCGACAGCUUGAAGAGCUGCUCGUGAAUGGUUCCAGCACGACGCACCUGCCGCGCGGCAACACCGCUCACCUACUCGUCGUGGGUGGGGAGGUGAUCGUAAUUCGGUUCGCUUCCCGCUCCGACUGCCAGCAGUUUCGGACGCUGCUGCAAAAGAUCUCCGGCAAGGUGAGCUCGGUGUUUAACCUGCGCACCGAGGACUCGUCCGCCUCGCAGUAUUUCCAGUUCUAUGGCUACCUGUCGCAGCAGCAAAACAUGAUGCAGGACUUCGUGCGGACCAGCACCUAUCAGCGGGCAAUCUACAACAACGCACAGGACUUUCAGGGCAAGGUGGUGCUCGACGUCGGUGCCGGGUCUGGAAUUCUAUCGUUCUUCGCGGUGCAGGCCGGUGCGGCCAAAGUGUACGCGGUGGAGGCAAGCAAUAUGGCACAGUACGCCCAGCAGCUGGUCAGUUCGAACAAUCUGAGCGAGAAGAUCAUCGUGAUCGCGGGCAAGAUCGAGGAGAUCGAGCUCCCGGAGCGGGUUGAUGUAAUCAUCUCCGAGCCGAUGGGCUACAUGCUGUACAACGAGCGGAUGCUCGAGACGUAUCUGCACGGCAAGAAGUGGUUGAAGACGGACGGACGAAUGUACCCGUCGCGCGGCGAUCUGCAUGUGGCCCCCUUUACGGACGAGGCACUCUACAUGGAACAGUACAAUAAGGCGAACUUUUGGAUGCAGACCGAGUUCCACGGUGUGAACCUGGUGGCGCUGAGGGACGCCGCGAUGAAGGAGUACUUCCGGCAGCCGAUCGUCGACACGUUCGACAUUCGGAUCUGUAUGUCGAAAUCGGUGCGCCACACGACGAACUUUCUCACGGCGGACGAGAAAGAUCUGCACCGAAUUCAGCUCGACGUCGAGUUCCAUGUGCUCGAAACGGGCACCUGCCACGGGUUGGCGUUUUGGUUCGAUGUCGAGUUUGCCGGCAGCUGUUCGCAGAUUUGGCUGUCGACGGCACCGACCGAACCGCUCACGCACUGGUACCAGGUGCGGUGCCUGCUGCAGACACCGAUCUUCGUCAAACAGGGCCAGGUUCUGUCGGGGAAGGUGGUUCUGGCUGCUAACCAGCGCCAAAGCUACGACGUCGAGAUCGACCUUAAGCUCGAGGGCACGAUGAUCACGUCUUCGAACACGCUCGAUCUGAAGAAUCCGUACUUCCGGUACACGGGAGCGCCCGUGCCUGCCCCGCCCGGUUCCAACACGACCUCCCCGAGCGAGGCGUACUGGAGCCAGCUGGACGCGCAGGGCGCACGGAAUGCGGUCAAUCUGGUAAACGGCAUCACGGUGAACGGGCUCGGCGAGGUUGACAUGUCCUCGACAAUUAUUAACACGAACCUGAUGGCGAUCGGCAAUCAGCCCAACAUACAUCCCGGUCUCAUAUCGAGCACCGGCCGGCAACAACAGCAACAGCAGCAACAACAAUCGCAGCAACAAUCGAGCAACUCCGCGACGCAACAGCAACACCACCACCAACAGCAGCAACAAUCGACGACCGCGCAGCAGCUCGCAAUGACACCGCCGAUCGGGUGUGCGGCCACCUCUACGCAGAACGUCGCCCAACACCAACUGAUCGGUGGUGCCAUCUCACCCUCGCUGUUCACCUCGCCGGCCCAGCAGCUGCUCAACAGCCAGCACCACCAUCAUCAUCAUCCCGGUCAACCGCUGCACGGCAAUCAGUUCUACUAGGUUGGUAGACCGACGAACCACCGUUCCCUGUCCCGGUUUCCUUGAAGACGGCUUCCCUCCCCCAAGAAAAAGGACUUUCUUUUGUUCGAACCUUAUGCGUACCUCUCGACUGUCAGAGAACCAAGGGCAGAAGAAUCAUCGUAUCCGUCGGGCUAAUUUAAGCGACGGAGUAAUACGACUUUAAGGGUUUAGUAUUUAAUGUAGCUGAAGACAAGCCACUCCUUCCCACCCAGUUCCCAGUGCUGGGCAAUUUAUUUUGUGUCCAUUUUAGUUUCGGUCUUGUACUUGUCCCCUUCAACAUGAGAUUAGCGAGAAUCGAAGGCUUAGAGCGGUGGACAAGUCCCGCCCGUUUAAACACUCUCUAGCGAUGUAGAAGUUUUUUUUAUUUGUUCACAGAAGUGGAAGGUUUAUCUCCUACUUGCGCCCUCGAUGCGCCGACGGUCAUCAUGCGUUAUUCCCUCCACAACCGCUCACCGGUCCUCACCUUAAGGAUUCGGUUCGAUGGUGAGGCCCACUUAGAGAAGAAGAAAACAUUUUGCGUGGGCUGUGCGCUUUUGCUUUACAGCAACCCCUGCGCAUCAGCUGAAACCUGCAGCUUAAAUCCUCCAACCGCGCACAGCGGCAUUAUUGUAAAGAAGCAUUUGUUUCGCUGUAACCCUUUCCCCUAGCGAUUACUACAUUAAUAGUUAUUAUUAUUUUUAUUAAGUGCUGGAGGUGUAAUAGAAAAGGAGGAAACUCUUACUUAAACUU